UAAGUCUAUUCUAUAUCUUGUCUAUGUGAUAUUGAAUAACAUAACCUAACAAUUUGAAACAUAAGGAAUAUACGAAUUUAUUGCAUUCUUAUUCAUUAAAAUUAGAAAUUAAUUUAACUUUUUGCUAUACGAAAUUACAUAACUCUAUAUAUAGAUUAUACAUACUUUAUGUAAAAUUGUAUAUAUGUUCCUCAAUAAAACAGAGUGCAUAAAUAAAAAAGGAGAAUGAUUUUAUAAUUUUUUAUGUAAUUUCUUCUGCAAUUUAUACUUUACAUAAAUAUCAAAUUAUAUUCUUCUACAUUAAUAAUAUAAUGAUAAUAUUAUAUGUAUAUGUUAUUUAAUUUUGUUAAAUUUGUAUCAUAGUUGAAUUUCAUUAAAUAAAAUUUUGAGUUAGAAGUAAUAAAUUAUAUUUAUAUCAUGGCAAAUAUCAAGGAAUUACCAGAAUUACAAGUUUUUAAAACAGUAUUAUUUCACUGUGUAGUGAUAAUAGCCUUACCUGUAUUGUCAUUUUUUACUAGCAAGAUUUUUAUUUUUGAUGGUUUAUUGGGGCUUAAUCAUGUGCCAAGUAACGUAUAUUCAGCUGCUGUUGCGAUUCUCGUAUUACACGUGGCUCUAGGAUCUUUUAUAUAUCGUGCAUAUUUUGAUGAUCAAUCAAAGACACAAACAAAACGAGAUUAAUCAUUUUUUCUUGUUUGAAAUAUGUAUGUAAUUAAAUACACUUUCUGGAUAACAUAUUUAUUCGUGUAUAAUUAUCGGAAAAAAAUGUUACAUUAUAUUGCAUUACAUUCUGCAAUCGCUUACUUCUUUGUUGAUAUUUUGUUUUUUUUAUUGAAUACUGUGAAUUGUGCAAAGGGAAGGUUUAUCUGUAUUACUUGUAUUAAUUAAACAUAAUUACUAAAUAAAAAAAGCAAUGGCAUUCCCACACAA